AUGCCAAUUCUUGACUUGGCCAACGCUGGCUUCCAGGCUUAUGCCUACAUUGAUGAGGCAUCUUGUGGGGCGGUGAAAGUCUACGCGACCAAAAAGGGUGGUCAUCGCUUCGCUUGCAAAAUGUGGCAGCUGGAGAAACUCGCCGAUCGUUGCGGCUUUCAACAUGCCAUUGAAGAAGUGCAAUGGUUGAAGUUGCUUCGACACACCAACAUCGUUCCAUUCUACGCUGCCAUCGUUUGCGAUCGACACAUUCUCAUCGCCACUCACUUAUCCGAUAUGGGAUCGGCUCUAAAUGUCAUCGAAAAGGAUUAUAAAGUGGGAUUUCCUGAGUCAGCCCUUGUGUCAAUCACGAAGCAACUCUCACAAGCUCUCAACUAUUUGCAUUCACAAUACAUCUUGCACAGAUCGAUUCGAGCAAGUCAUGUGCUAUUGGAUUCUCAGGGCGGAGUGCGAUUGACGGGAUUCAAGCAUUGCAUACGAUUGAAUGAGCAUGGGUUGGGGAAAAUUCAUCCAAUCAACGAGUUCAGCGAACACCUCUCCGAUUCGUUGCUCUGGCUGGCUCCGGAAGUGCUUUCGCAAAACGUGAGUGGCUACGGAUUGCCUUCGGACAUCUAUUCGCUUGGAAUCACGAUUUGUGAAAUGGCGAACGGUUUCCCACCGUUCACCGACAUGUCUCCGCUGCAGAUGUUGUACGAGAAGACACGUGGAACGACGCCACGAUUGCUGGAUUCGACCACCAUUGGCCCAGAAGGCUCCGCUGAUCACCAUCAACACCAUUUCUCUGCCGGGCUCCACAAGCUGGUCGCCGCUUGUUUGUCGAUUCGCCCUGAAGAUCGACCGAAUGCUUCACAGUUGACGACCACAAACUCUUUUUUCAAGGAAACGAAACGGCCUCAAACGCUGCGCUCAUUGCUGCCAGGUGUGAAAUUGAUCACUGAGGACACGAACAAAUUGACAACCAUUGAAGAAAUGGAUGAUUCAAGAGAGGUAUCCACGAUGGAUCAGUUCACCCAAUGGGAUUUU